AUGGAAGUAGAAGAAGGUGCUUCAUCUCAAGCUUAAAUUGAAAAGAAAAAGUGCGAAGAAUUGAUUCCUCUUUAUCCUUGUGAUUUGCGUAACUUGAAGAACUCCCUUAAAAAUUUUGUGCAAAAGAAGCUAUUUAAAUGGGAUCAAAAGCAUCAAGGCAUCGUUCUUUAAUGCAAAAAUAUUAAAAAGUCAUCUGAAAAGGCUUCCAUUCAUGAUGAAUCUCCAGUAAUUUUUGUUCCUUGCUCAUAUCGUUUGAAGGUACUUUAGAUUAAAUAAGGCGAUGUCUUCCUAGGAUAAGUUACCCAAACUUUCAACACUCACAUCAGUUUAUAGCUUUUCGGCCUAUUUAAUGUAUUAAUAUAUGCAGAUGAUAUAUCCGAUAAGAUUUUAAAGUUAAACGAUGAUAGCGAAUGGGUAGAUGCCAAAGAAAAUACAGUGAUUGAAGUCAGUGACGAUAUUUAAUUUGAAGUUAAAACAGUAGAUUUAUAGGAGUUUGGAGAUUUUAUGCUUAUUGGUUCAUUAAAAAAUACAAAGAAAAACGGACCAUAUUCAUCUAUAAAAGACAAAUACAAAGUUAUGGACCAUACAAAAAUCUAGGAACUUGUCGAGAAAAGUCUUAGCAAAUACAGCAAUUUGAAGGAAUGA